AUGGCUUCCAAGCAAAUGCUGGCUGCAGUGGCCGCCUCGAUGGCCCUCGUCUUCCUGCCCACGCUCGCCUCCGCCACGGAUCACGUCGUGGGCGACAGCCAAGGCUGGACGCUCGGGUUCGACUACGCCGCCUGGGCCGAGAGCAAGCAGUUCACAGUCGGCGACACACUAGCGUUCAAGUACGCCUCCAGCUCCCACAACGUGGCGGAGGUGAGCGGGCCGGACUUCAAGGCGUGCAACAAGGCGGGGGCCACCUCUGUCUGGAACUCCGGCGACGACCGGCUCAGACUCGACAAGCCGGGCCGGAGGUGGUUCAUCUGCACGGUGGGCAGACACUGCCAGCUUGGCAUGAAGCUCAACGUCACCAUUCUUCCUGCCACCACGCCGACCCCGCUGCCGUCACCGGCGCCGGCGCCGGAGCCGUCUCAGCCUCAGUCGUCUCGGCGCUUCCUCUCCAACUCCAACUGGUGA